AUGGACGAGAAGACUGGUUCGUUUCACCAUGACAACAUGGAGGCUCCCAAGUCCGACAAAGUGAUGCCUCUCUUCUCCCUCAAGGGUAGAACAGCAAUCGUUUCGGGUGCCGGCGCAGGCAUCGGACUUGCCGUUGCUCAUGCCUUUGCUGAGGCGGGCGCCAACGUUGCCAUAUGGUACAAUAGUAACAAACAGGCAUUGGACGAAGCCAAGAAGAUUGAGAAGGAAUAUGGCGUCAAGUGCAGAGCGUACCAAGUCAACGUUGUCUCCCACAAGGCCGUCGAGAGAGUUAUCAACGAGAUCGUCGCCGAGUUCAACGGCCGGCUUGACGUCUUUGUCGCAAACUCAGGCAUCAGUUGGACAGACGGCAACUUCAUCGACGGACCUGCAGAGACGGUACGCCGCGUGAUGGAAGUCAACGUUGAUGGCGUAAUGUGGUGCGCCAAAAGCGCAGGGGCGCACUUCAGACGUCAAAAGGCUGAAUCAACAACGUUGGACGGUAAGCCGUUGGAGAACUUUGCUGCAGGUAGCUUUAUCGCUACAGCAUCGAUCAGCGGGAGCAUCGUCAACGUUCCGCAGAAGCAGGCCGUGUACAAUGCGUCAAAGGCGGCGGUAAUCCAGUUCUGCAAGUCCCUGGCUGUAGAAUGGACUGGGUUCGGCCGAGUCAACACGGUGUCGCCUGGAUACAUCAAGACGGAGAUUCUGGAGUUUGCCGACAACGAUAUGCAGAAGGUUUGGAAGGAUAGGACAGUCAUGGGACGGGAGGGUGAGGCCAAUGAACUCAAAGGUGCAUACCUGUACCUGGCUAGCGACGCAUCAUCGUAUACAACAGGCCUGGACAUGGUCAUUGACGGGGGCUACUGUCUGCUUUGA